UCAACCUCACAACACAAUUCGAGCUGCCAAUAACAACUACAGACCAGCAACGCAGCCUCCAACGACAUUCCUGCGUUCUUUGCUUAGCACCCUCACGUCAAGAAGCCUCAUGUAACCUCAUUAGAGCUCAAUUCAUACUCUCGUCCGCGAUGUCAUUCCCGAAAAGAGCUCCGUCUCGUGCUCUCCUCUCCCACAUCUGCAGAUCUCCCAUCCCAGCACCCUCGCCAUGUCUCCGAAGUAUAGCCUCACGACAAAUACGACACGAAUCUACAGAAAAUAAGCCAGCUGGCGAAGGCAGGUCAUUCAAAGGGCAGCUUUACGAGAGCACUGCUGCGCGAUUAGCCCGUGAGCGAGUAGAACGAGCACGCUUCUCUCGAGACAGAAAAGAGCCAUCUGGCGCGCGGAACAUAGCAUUGACAUUUGUAAUCAUCGCAACAGCCUGCAGCGGCUACUACCUCGGAACCUUCGCCACCCGCGCGCCCUCAAACCUCUCCACGCUCCCUCUCUCCGCAACCAUACCCCCGAAGCACGAUGUAUCAGGCUCGAACAUGGAAGCUGCAUGGGCGGACUUUGUUCAGAUUGUAGGGAAGGAGAAUGUCUCGACUAAAGACACGGAUCUCACGUAUCACACCGGCAGCGAUUGGAGCUCCCACCGGACGGAAGACUCCGAGCAUCUGUUCCUCGUCGUAUACCCUGCUUCUACGGAAGAGGUUUCGAAGAUAAUGAAGAUUUGCCAUAAGAGAAGGAUUCCUGUUACAGGGUACAGUGGGGGUACAUCUCUAGAGGGUCACUUCGCGCCUACGAGGGGAGGCAUAUGUGUUGAUUUUGGGCGCAUGGGAGAGAUUCUGCAAGUGCACAAGGAAGAUAUGGAUGUGGUGGUCCAACCAGCCGUAGGCUGGGAACUACUAAACGAAGAGCUGGCGAAAGAGAAUCUUUUCUUUCCUCCAGAUCCUGGACCAGGUGCUAUGAUUGGAGGUAUGGUGGGAACAGGAUGCAGUGGCACGAAUGCAUACAGAUAUGGAACUAUGCGGGAGUGGGUUCUAAGUCUGACAGUGGUACUUGCGGAUGGGACGAUCAUUAAGACCAGGCAGCGACCCCGGAAAAGUAGCGCUGGGUAUGAUUUGACGAAGAUGUUUAUUGGGAGCGAAGGCACCCUUGGGUUGAUCACGGAGGCUACGCUGAAGGUUACGACGAAACCGAACACGACGAGUGUAGCGGUUUGCAGUUUCGGCACCGUAAGACAAGCUGCGGAUUGUGUGGCCAAGGUCGUUGGAGAAGGUGUCCCCAUCGCAGCGAUUGAGAUAUUGGACGAUGUGCAGAUGAAGUGUAUCAACGCAGCGGAAAUGACGGACAAGAGCUGGGCCGAAGCGCCAACCCUCUUCUUUAAGUUCGCGGGCACACCGAACGCGGUCAAGGAGCAGAUUGGCAUGGUGCAGAAGUUGGCGAAGAGUACAGGCAGCAAAAGCUUCGAGUUUGCGCGGAAUGCACGGGAGCAGGCGGAUCUUUGGAGCGCAAGGAAGGAAGCGCUGUGGAGCGUGAUGGCGAUGAGAGAGAGUGAUAGUGAUCAUGUGUGGACGGGCGAUGUUGCUGUUCCUAUCAGUAGGCUGCCAGAUAUUAUUGAGGAGACGAAAGAGGAUCUGGCCAAGUGUGGAUUGUUUACUGCUAUUGUGGGGCAUGUUGGAGAUGGAAAUUUUCACACUAUUAUGCUUUACAAUGAUAAGAAACGAAAAGAAGCGGAGGAGGCUGUCCACAGGAUGGUCAAGAGAGCAAUUGAGAUGGAAGGCACUGUUACUGGUGAACACGGUGUAGGAUUGGUCAAGAGAGAUUAUUUGAAUCAUGAGUUGGGGGAGACGACGGUUGAUGCGAUGAGAAAGCUCAAGUUGGCAUUUGAUCCUCUUUGUUUGCUGAAUUGCGACAAGAUCGUCCGGGUACAGAAGCCGAAGCCUGGAGAGGUUGCUGCGUGGUAGACCGAGGUCAUCUUGUCGGGUUAAGAUAGAACAGAUUCGCCAAAUUCUGGUACGUUAGAGGAACACCUAGACUCAGAAUCCAUAGCUGUGUAGUGGGAGAAUCGAUCGCGCGGCUUCGAGAUCUGAUUUGUUCAGGCUGGUAGAAAGUAUACAUAGCAGAGGUCUGCUCCUCCCCUCUCGCUUCCUUCAGUCCAACAAAGCCCCACAAGCGAAUGGAUAAUCAAAAAUAGGGAACCUGGCGUGUUGUGAGCGACAAACCAGCGCCAAACCCAUACACCCACCCUCUAUAACAAUAUACUCGCGCUUCUUCC